CGCUUCUUAUCGUUAUGGGUGAAUUAUUGCAGCGUAGCUGGCCCACAUUUAUGCAUGCAUGCUUUGUUUUCUACAUAAGUCCCGCCGUGUUCUGCAGUGACAGCCUGACGAGGCCAAUGAGGAGCGCGUGCUCUUUCGCAGCAUCUCUAGCGUAAACAAAUUGUUGCGCCAAAUGCAGCGUUUCUCUCCGCUCCGUCUCCUCGGCCCUCGACUGUCUUCGUUCACUGCAGAUUUCUCAUCUCCGUAAUCCUCGGUAUUCCUGCAGGGCGGCACCAUGCUCACCAGCAUCACUGAAGGGAUACUCUGCUGCCUGACUGGGAAGGCUGCCAGUCUGGUUCUGCCCCUGGAGUCGUCACAGCCCUCAGAUGGUUUUGAGUUCGUGGAGGUGAAACCCGGGAGGGUCCUGCGAGUGCGACACAUCGUCCCAGAACGUCAGCCCGUUCAAACAGAGAAGGAGGCUACAGACCGCAAUGAUGACAGCUGCUCCGAGGACUCUCACACUGACCUGGACGCUGGCAGCAGCGUCCACUGCAAGAGGAAAAUCACAGUCUACCGUAACGGCCAGCUGGUGAUUGAGAACCUCGGGGAUGUUUUGCACUCGGAGAUCCUGCAGUGUCAGGAUGGGGAUUUGGAGCCGUGCAGCAUGGUAGAGGUGGAGCUGGCUGACUACAAAGAAAUGGCGUCAUCUCCAGAUCCGAACCCCGUCCCCCCAGCAGUCCCCCCACCUGCGGGCGAGCAGAAACCGGCCCCGCCUCCUCGCCGCAGACGCCGCAAGCCCAAGCGCACUGUGAUCAUCGACUCGAAGAGGGAGAUCUCCAGCUGCAAAGGAACGCACUCGGAUGUAGCUCUUUUCUUUGUGCACGGCGUCGGAGGCUCUCUGGACAUUUGGAGCAGCCAGCUGGACUUCUUCUCUCGGCUUGGCUACGAGGUCAUUGCGCCGGACUUGGCGGGACACGGAGCGAGCACCGCCCCACAGAUUGCAGCAGCUUACACCUUUUACGCUCUGGCAGAGGACCUUCGCGCCAUCUUUAAGAGAUAUGCUCGCAAACGCAACAUUCUCAUUGGCCAUUCUUAUGGGGUGUCAUUUUGCACCUUUCUGGCCCAUGAGUAUCCUGAUCUGGUCCAUAAAGUGGUAAUGAUUAACGGAGGCGGUCCUACAGCUCUGGAGCCCAGCUUGUGCUCUAUCUUCCAGCUGCCAUCUUGUGUCCUUCACUGUCUGUCACCUUGCCUUGCCUGGAGCUUCCUCAAAGCUGGAUUUGCCCGUCAGGGUGCCAAAGAAAAGCAGCUGCUGAAGCAGGGCAACGCCUUCAAUGUGUCUCCAUUCGUCCUGCGAGCCAUGAUGAGUGGUCAGUACUGGCCCGAGGGGGACGAGGUCUACCACGCAGAGCUCACUGUGCCCAUCCUCCUGGUCCAUGGCAUGUGUGACAAGUUUGUGCCCAUGGAUGAGGACCAGCGCAUGGCAGAGAUCCUCCUGUUUGCUUUCCUGAAAGUCAUUGAGGAGGGGAGUCACAUGGUCAUGAUGGAGUGUCCUGAUACCGUCAACACCCUCCUCCACGAGUUCUUUCUCUGGGAACCUGACAUGUCCAGAAAAGACGGCCGCAAGACGGACGCAGAGAAAACGGUCGCGCUCAGUGACCGUCUUCACACACUGAGAAUUAGUAAACCUCUGGACAAAUAACUGACGAGCCGUCUGGUUGGAUCACAGAACCCAGCAGAAAGCCUUCCCGGCAGUUGGCGCGUGUUCUCAAGGCUCCCCGGCUGUGAGCUGUUAUAAACAGGGCCACAUCUUAAGGAUGCGGACGACCUCUGGUGCUCUGAGGAAAAGCGAGAAAGAACACAUGAGAAGAGGAAGUGAUGCACAUACGCAGUCACUGUCUGCUUCACUUUUUGAUUCCUGUUUCUGUGCUCCAUCGCACCAUGUCUGCAAAGUGACCCAACACCUGGUUGUUGAAAGGACUGUCCCAUGUCUGGUUUGUGUGUGAAUUGAUGUUUGAAGAAGUGAUCACAAGAUGCGAACGGUAUUAGUUCCAUUGAAUGGUGCUGGAAUGUCUCCACCUUUAUCUUAAAUGUUCUGUAAAGUUCAAAAGAGAUUUUGUUCUCUCUUUCUUCAAGUGGUUGACAAAUGGUUAUGUCCAUUCUAGGUGUGGUUGUCAUGGAAGCGGACACGACAAUUGUGAAACUGAGGAAUCGGAAUGUGUGAUCUGGUGGUAAAUGACAGGAAAAAAGCUGAUGAUAAUGAUGUAUUUUCACAUUCUGAAUGAGUGGAAGUGUUAAAUGGGCCAAGGACAUUGAAUAUAUAUCAAUGUACAUGCAAAGUGUAUUACUAAUUACGUCACAUUCAGACUCAAAUUAUACUAUGACUGAAGCAUAAUUAUUCACUCGCAGUCCUGCCGCCUAAUAACCACAUCCAUUGCAGUGUGCAGUGUAUGCCACCUCAAACAUGGACGCUCACAAUCACAGCUGUUGUCUCUCCAGUGGACUGGUGGAUGUCCAGUUCGCAGAGAUGUAUUUAUCAUAUGCUGCACUCCAAUACUAAAUCUCAAUUGUAAAAGCUACAUGUCAGUGGGAAGCACAAUAUAACCAGCUCAUCAAUUUAUUGUUGCAUGAAACUUAAGUGAUGUUCAAAAGGAGAUUCGACUCACAAAAUGUUUGCAGAAACUGACUUAAAUAGACAUGGAAGCCAGAAGAUUCUCCUUUUUGGUUUUAGCAGCCAUUUUCAAUAAUGAUAUUUAUAUUAUCCUAAGGAUACUAAAUAUUGAAGCCCUGCGUGAGUUGAGAGUGUGAAACAAGUGAGGGUUGUGAGGAUAGCUGCAAUAUUUAAAAUCCCCCCUGACAACUCCUCUCCACUCAAAUGGGUGUUCAUCUUAAUGGGCAAGAAUUUAGAAUAAGUCAUUACUUUUCAUUUUACUCUGUAAUAACAGCAACUGCCAUCACAGACUGUGGUUGUUCUGGUCUCUUUAAGCUGUUGUGUCUCAAACAUAUAAACGCAAAAGAAAAGUGUGACACUUACUUCUCAAGUUCAACCCGUUUGUAUCAGAAUAAAGUAACAAGCUCAACAUAUAACUGAGAGACAUUCAUUUGUGGAUGCUGCUUUGUCUCAUACUGGGACCCUAAGGUGUGUGUAAAAGCACAGUCUAAUAUACCCAUGGACAGUGCUUAUCUAUUGCUUGGAUAUUUUCCUGUUUUGAGUAGCAGGGGAUGUGGAAAAACGAUGGAUUUGAAAGUGGCUGUAUCAAUGCUCAUGAUCAAAUAGGACUCAGCCAAAGGAGACAGUUGUGCUCCCCACACUGAUCUGUUUAUAUAUGCAUCUGGAGAGAAUGUGGAUGCAACAUGACUGGUUUUAUGCAACUGGAACGAAACAGAGAAACCGCGUUCAAAUAAACACAGCUGACCGAAAACGUUAUAUAUUCUAUGAACUUUUACAAAAACCAACAAGUGCUGCUGAUGCAAUGUACUGUGUAUCUCCCAUGGUGUAAAGGUCAGUGGAAAUGUAUGGACGACAGGGUGCACAUGUACUUCCUCCUAUGCUAAAAGUGUGUGCAUAUACACAUUGUCAGUGCUCAUAUGUGCUAUAUCUUUUUGUGGUUAACAAAAUGUGUUAAUGUUAUUGUUGCAUUUAUUCUUGGGAAUAAUAUAUGCACUGCCUGAAUGUAGAUGCAUAUAACAUUAUAUAGUCUAUCAGAACAGUUGGAUUCAGUGUUUGGAUGUGCCUUCCAGGCAUCAAAUAAAACAGAUCUCCACAG